AGGAGCCUGUCCCGGCAAAGGGGAGUCAGGCUUUGCCACGAGAAAGCUGUGUGGCACUGAGCCAGUGCGUCUCUGGUCGCAGCUACCCCACUUUGAAAAUAAGACAGUGAACUCGGGGAUGGCCCAGAGCUCUGCAGACCCGACAUUGUCAUAAGGCGUUGUGUAGGGGGGGUGUUGGGGGGUAGCCAGGGCCAGCUCAGGAGGGCUCAGGCCUUCUUAGGGGCAGCCUGGGGCCCCAGGGACAGACCUGGGAUGGCUUGGGCAGGCCAGGAAGGGAAGCAGAGGAGGCCAGGAGCCUACUUCCCGGUACCAGAGGCCAGGAGGCUUGCGGAGGUGGGGGAGGAAGUCCCCUCCUGAGCUGGUCACUCCCAGAGGACUGGCUGGGGCGGGGCCGCCCAUGGAAAGCCGAUCUGAGCUCUGGGGCCACCUUUACGCCCGCUGCCGCCCAGCUGCCCAGGAGCCCGGGAGUCCAGCCAGGCAUUCAGGACUCCUGCACGCCCUGCCAUGUUCAUGGCAUCCACCACCUCAGCUGUGCCCUGGCACCUCUCUCAACCUACCCCAGCAGGCAACAGCAGUGAAGGGGAGCUGUUGACUGCCCGGGACCCGCUGCUAGCCCAGGCAGAGCUGGCCCUGCUCUCCACCGUCUUCGUGGCCGUGGCCCUGAGCAAUGGCCUGGUUUUGGGGGCCCUGGUGCGGCGGGGCCGGCGGGGCCGCUGGGCACCGAUGCACGUCUUCAUCGGCCACCUGUGCCUGGCCGACCUGGCCGUAGCUCUGUUCCAAGUGCUGCCCCAGCUGGCCUGGGAUGCCACCGACCGCUUCCGUGGGCCCGAUGCCCUGUGCCGGGCAGUCAAGUACCUGCAGAUGGUGGGCAUGUAUGCCUCCUCCUACAUGAUCCUGGCCAUGACGCUGGACCGCCACCGUGCCAUCUGCCGCCCCAUGCUGGCACACCGCCACGGAGGUGGCACUCAUUGGAACCGGCCGGUGCUGCUGGCCUGGGCCUUCUCGCUGCUCCUCAGCCUGCCCCAGCUCUUCAUCUUUGCCCAGCGUGACGUGGAUGGUAGCGGGGUCCUUGACUGCUGGGCCCACUUUGCCGAGCCCUGGGGCCUCCGCGCCUAUGUCACCUGGAUCGCCCUGAUGGUGUUUGUGGCUCCUGCCCUGGGUAUUGCUGCCUGUCAGGUGCUCAUCUUCCGGGAGAUUCAUGCCAGCCUGGGGCCGGGGCCAGUGCCGAGGGCCGGCGGGCCCCGCCGAGGGUGCCGGCCGGGCGGCCCUGCCGAGGGAGCCCGGGUGUCGGCGGCCGUGGCCAAGACAGUGAGGAUGACGCUGGUAAUCGUCAUAGUGUACGUGCUGUGCUGGGCGCCCUUCUUCCUUGUGCAGCUGUGGGCCGCGUGGGACCCGGAGGCACCGCGGGAAGGGCCUCCCUUCGUGUUGCUCAUGCUGCUGGCCAGCCUCAACAGCUGUACCAACCCCUGGAUCUACGCCUCCUUCAGCAGCAGCGUCUCCUCCGAGCUGCGAAGCCUGCUCUGCUGCACCUGGAGGCGCACCCCGCCCAGCCCGGGGCCCCAAGAAGAGUCAUGCGCCACAGCCAGCUCCUUCUUGGCCAAGGACACCCCCUCCUGAGAAAUCGGGGUGGCAGCGGGGGCAGUGGGGGUGGGCGCUGCUUUCCUUCUAGAGGCUCCACGGAACUCAGCUGACCGCCCACAAACUGGCUCCACGGGGGCCCGGCCGAGACAUGCAGCCAGCCAGUGGAAGUCCUGGGGGCCCAGGGGGCAAAAAAAGGCGGUUGGGUCAGGGGCCAUCCUUGCCCCCACCCUGUCUUGUCCCCCUUGGCCCUCCCUUCUGACCUUGCCUCAUAAAAACUCCGGCUCAUUUUCCA